CUGCGUUGCUCCUCUGUUUUCCAAAACUUCAAAACCUUUUAAAAAAAUGUCGGAUGAUAUACUGGAUGCCAAAGAUAAGCAAAUCUUAUACCAUAUUGAAGAUUUCACCAGCAAUGCUGAUGAAAUCCAACGACGAGUUAUAACUGAAAUUCUAUCAAAAAAUGCUCAUGUCGAGUACCUGAAGCAACUCGGCCUUGAUGGGUCUACAGAUAUUUCAACCUUCAAGAAGCUCAUACCUGUUGUCUCUUACGAACAGUUAAAGCCUUACAUUGAUCGGAUUGCCGAUGGGGAUGAUUCUCCAAUUCUAUGUGCAGACACCAUUACAGAUUUCCUUAUAAGCACUGGGACAUCUGGGGGAGCACAAAAGUUAAUUCCAAUGUUUCAAUCAGAGCUCUUGAGAAGGUUGGCAACUAAUUACUAUGCGAUACCAAUGAUGAAACAGUUGUUUCCAGGUCUGCUCAAUGGCAAAGAAAUGUUCUUUAAUUUUACGAGGGCUGAGACAAAAACUAAAGGUGGAAUGGUUGCUCAGUUGCUGUCUUCAUGUUUGUCGAAAUGUUCACUUUUCAGUAGUGUGGAGGUUCUAAGGGCAUAUACAAGCCCUAUUGACAUCAUUCGCUGCACUGAUGUAUACCAAAGCCUAUAUUGCCAAUUGCUAUGUGGGCUCUGCCAGAACCAGAUCGUUCUCCGAGUUGGUGCUCUUUUUGCCUCUACUUUAAUUUAUAUUUUUAAGUUCCUCGAAAAUCAUUGGGCUCUUUUAGUAAAUGAUAUACGAACGGGAACUGUAGACGCCAAAAUUGAAGACCCAUUAGUGAGGGAAUCAGUUAUGAGUGUUCUGAAACCUAAUCCUGAGCUGGCAGAUUUUAUUGAAUCUGAAUGCAGCAAAGGAGCAUGGGAAGGAAUUGUUACAAGAUUGUGGCCAAACACCAAAUAUAUUAGUACUGUUGUGACGGGAAGCAUGUCACAAUACAUUCCCCAACUGAAUUUCUACUGUAAAUGUCCUAUUGUCUCUGUCUUCUAUGCUUCUUCAGAGUGCUUCUUUGGCAUAAACUUGGACCCAUUGUGUAAACCUGAAGAAAUCUCCUACACUUUUAUGCCCACCAUGGCCUAUUUUGAGUUCUUGCCUGUCGACAGAGCAAACUCUAAUAACGGAGAAGUAGGCCAAGAAUUAGUUGAUCUUGUUGAUGUUAAGUUAGGACAAGAAUACGAGGUUGUUGUCACCACUUAUGCUGGCCUCUACCGUUACUGCAUGGGUGACAUCCUUCGCGUGACAGGAUUUAAAAAUAAAACCCCAAAUUUUAGUUUUGCUUGUAGGAAAAAUGUCAUUUUAAGCCUGGAUAUUGAGAAAACAGAUGAAGUGGAUCUUCAUCAUGCAGUAACAGAAGCUAGUGGUCUUUUGAGCCCAUUGGGAGCUAUUAUUGUGGACUACACUAGCUACGCGGAUAGUUCAACAUUUCCUGGACAUUAUGUGUUGUAUUGGGAAAUUCAAUGUAGGGAAGAAACCUCUACUAUUCCAUCUACAGUCUAUGAGGAUUGUUGUCUCGCUGUUGAAGAGUCGCUUUCUUCAGUAUACCGUCAAGCAAGAUCCAAUAAUAAGGUUAUCAAUCCACUGGAGAUAAAGAUUGUAGAAACAGGAACUUUUGAGAAACUAAUGGAGCAAGCAGUGGAUCGAGGUGCUUCAAUAAGUCAAUACAAGACACCUCGGUGCCUAAAAUCUACACAGAUGAUCGAGCUUUUGGACUCAAAAGUUGUUUCCAAUUAUUUUAGUCAAGAAUACCCCAAAUGAGACCCCACUCGGCCGUAUCGUCUUUUUGCGCCCUGCUAGUUUCCCCUUCAUUUGAUGAGGUAACUUAAUUUUUUAGGCAAGUUUUUGUGUGUUUCAAGUUUUGGGUGGUCAGUUUUUUAAUUUUUCGCUUUGUUGGCUUGUUCAUUCCAACGGCAUAAUUUUUAUUUAUGGGAACAUACUCAUUUAUGCUGUA